AUGAUCCCCAUUGGUCAAGUCCGGCUGCUUGGCCUGCAGCAAUACAGCAAGCUAAAGGAUAGCGAGAAGAACCAUAAGCUGCUGGUGGAGCAGAACUUCCCUGCCAUUGCCAUUCACAGGGGCAUGGCCCAGGAGGAGAGGCUUUCCCGGUACCAGCAGUUCAAGCACUUCCAGACACGGAUCCUGGUGGCCACCAACCUGUUUGGCCGAGGAAUGGAUAUUGAGCGCGUCAACAUCGUCUUCAACUACGACAUGCCCGAGGAUUCCGACACCUACCUGCACAGAGUGGCCCGUGCCGGCAGGUUUGGGACGAAAGAUCUGUCCGUGACCUUUGUGUCCGACGAGACUGACGCCAAGACCCUGAACGAUAUGCAGGACCGCUUCAAGGUCAACGUGGCAGAGCUCCCAGAGGAGUUUGACAUCUCCACCUACAUUGAACACUCCAGAUGA